GAUGAUUAGACCUAACGUCAUAUCCGGUUGUUAAGUUAGAGAGACUGUCAAUAGUUUAGCUAGCUCUAUGCCCAUGCAAGAGCACAACAAACAGACGAUAACAUGGCGGACACAGAAAACCGAUAACUUACGAGCCUAGAAAUACACAGGACCUUCAAAAUGCCCGAAAAAAGGGAAUUGAAGAGAUUGGAGGAACUGGAGAAGAGAAAGAAAAGAAUGAUUUUAAUGCAACAAAGGCUGAUAACAGAUGCAACAUUACCUUCCAUGGGACCAGCCUCUACUAGAAGAAAAAGUAUACAAAGAGUAGAGAAAGACGAAACUAGUACAACUUCCAGAAACAUAAGAACACCUACUCAAAGAGACUCAACACCAAUUGUUUCAAGGAAUAACAGAAAUGGAGAAGUAUCAUCAUCUUCAAGAAGUAAAAAGGGUACCAAUACUUCCACAUCCUCCUCACAGGGACCUAGUUAUAGAGGACUUAAGUCCUCUAGAAAUAUAAAAGAUGGACAAUCUAGAGAUUCUAGUCCUGUAACAGGUAAAUUACGAACAUCAAAAUCAAGAGAUGAAAGUCCAAACAUCGGUAAAUUUCCAACUUUCACAUCAAAGUCCAGAGAUGCUAGUCCCAAUUCCAGUAAAUUGAUUAACUUAAAAUCAAGCGACACAUGUCCAAAUCUAAAUAGGCCACAAUCAACUAAAUCCAGAGAUGUGAGUCCAAACCUGAGAAGAUCUAAAAGUUUGAAGUCAAGGGAUCCUAGUCCAAAUCAGUUUGAGACCCAUAAUUCGGAGUCUGUAGAUGAUAGUUCCAUGUCAAGGAUUCAAGAUUCAUUAAUGCCACCUAGAACAACUAGAAGUAGAGAUAACAGUCCAAAUGUAAAAGGAUCAAAGGAUUUUGAACUGUCAAAGCUUAAAGAAGUUAGACAAAAAUUGAAAGACGAGAAUAUAGCAUUUGAGUUUUCAGAUGAAGUUUUCAAUGUUAUUCCUUCGAAGGCAUUACCUUCAGUAUCUAGUUGUAGUACAUCUAGCUUGAUGAAAGAUUCCACAAGUGACACUAAAACUGGAUGUGACACUUUGCAGUUGGUGAAACCAGUUAUUCCCCAAAGCUUAUCAGACUCUAAAUUAGUAAGUAUAAAGCUAGAUGAUAAGGUAUGCAAGAAGAGAAGGAGAAGAAAAAGAACAACAGGAGUACAAAGACCAAAAGUGAAGCGUUUAGUACAUCCAAUAAAACAACACCAGAACCAUGAAAGCUGUACAAGAAAGAAGGGUGGACGACCUAAAGGAAGUAAAAAUAAGACAUGGACACAGUUAGCUGCAGAUAAAGUAAAACUUCGCAGCGCAAAAAUGUCUGCUUCAAGAAAUUUAACAAAAGACUCUCUUCCAGAACCUAGACACAAAACUAUUCGGAAACGAACUCUUAGUGCUGAAUAUGAUCUGAUUGAUGAACGUGAAUUGAAAAGGAAAAUGCGAAAAAAAUCAGAAAACACUGAAAUUAAAGCUAUGAACGAGCAUCUUGAGGUUGAUGAAAGUGACGAUUCUGAUGCCUUGGAAUUAUCAAUGACUGAUAGUGAAAAAUUAGGAUUAUAUGGAUCAAAUGUGUCUACUUCAGAGCUCCAAGAUUUAGAUGAAUUGGAUGAAGAUUUAGAAAAUCUUUUUCCUCCUGAUCAGACAGAUGUAUCACGAAGUGAGACAGAGAAGGAUCAUACAGAAGAAAUAGGCCAUACAGAAGAAAUGGGUCAUACAGAAGAAAUGGGUCGUACAGAAGAAGAAAUGGGUCGUACAGAGGAAGAAAUGGGUCAUACAGAAGAAGUGCCCAGUACAGAAAUGGAUCAUACAGAAAAAAUGGGUAGUACAGAAGAAGAAAUGGGUCAUAUAGAAGAAGUGGCCAGAACAGAAAGAACUACUGAAUUUCUGCCAGAAACUGUUUUGCCUGAAAUUGUCAGCAGAAAAAUAAAAAAGAAAUUACAAAAACAGGUCACACCUACCUUUACAUCAAUCAUUGUGAAACCGAAUGGUGAAACAAUGGAAUUCCUUUCAUUACCAGAAACAAUGGAACCAGAAAAAAUAAACACAUCUCAUUCUCCAAAGGUUUCUAAAACAGUUGCGCCAACUAUUCAAGAAUUUCUUGUUCGUCCAAAUGGAGAGACUAUUCCGGUGCAGACAGUAACUUUUGACAAGCAUCUGCAGACAGAUUCAUCAAAGUCCUUAAAUCGAACCAUAAGCAAAUGUACAAAGCCUAUUGUUCAGACAGUUACUGAAAUUGUAGUGAAACCAACAGGCGAAGCUACACCUCUUCGUAUCUUUACAUCAACAAAAGAUGAUCUUUCAAUAACAGCUGAUCGUAAAGUGGUGUGCGGUGAAGAGGAGGUUAGCAAGGAUACUAAAGAGUGUUAUCUAAGCAAACCUGUUAAGAAAAAGAAAAAGAAAGAAGUUUUUUCUUAUAGAUUUAAAAGAUUCAAUAAAAAGAAACAAAAGCAAAAGAAAUCACAACUUGUCCUCCCAUUACAAUUAGAUGUAGCCUCUGCAUCAAGUUCAAACAUAGUUGAGGAGAAUUAUGAUAUUCCUGUGUUAAGUCCAACAGAUACUACUGAUACAAACCAAGUAAUUGAUGAAUUACCUAGCCCUGUUCUCAAUAUGCCUGUGUUAAUAAAGGAGCAGUUGAUAGACCCAGUACCACAAAUUUCUCAAUGUGCUCAACCUGGCAGACCUAGGGGUAGACCAAGAAUACAUCCAGUGAAAGUACGGUCAGGUAGAUCUCGUGGAAGGCCAUCGAUGUUUCUAACCCCACAAGAAGAUAUAACUAUACCCGUUUUAAGCACGACUAAAGAUUCGGAAUCAAAUAUACCCAUAUUUCAAAGCGAUAGUUCACUUGAUUCCAAAGAUAUUCCAGAAAAAACUGGAGAACAGAUUUAUGAAAAUAUUGAUGUUGAAAAUGUAGAUGUUCUAGAAGAAAAUGAAGAAAUGUUGGUAGAUCCGACGCCUCUUAGUGAUACCCAAGUCACCACUCUUUCAACCAUUGAAAAGAGCGAUGAAGAAGUCACCACUCUUUCAACCAUUGAAAAGAGCGAUGAAGAAGUCACCACUCUUUCAACCAUUGAAAAGAGCGAUGAAGAAGUCACCACUCUUCCAACCAUUGAAAAGAGCGAUGAAGAAGUCACCACUCUUUCAACCAUUGAAAAGAGCGAUGAAGAAGUCACCACUCUUUCAACCAUUGAAAAGAGCGAUGAAGAAGUCACCACUCUUUCAACCAUUGAAAAGAGCGAUGAAGAAGUCACCACUCUUUCAACCAUUGAAAAGAGCGAUGAAGAAGUCACCACUCUUUCAACCAUUGAAAAGAGCGAUGAAGGAGUCACCACUCUUUCAACCAUUGAAAAGAGCGAUGAAGAACAUGUAAAUGAAACGGUUAAAAAUCUUGUUGAUAAAGUGUGUGAAAAUGAAUUGUGUACAGAUAUAAAACAUUUUAAAAAGAAGAAAAGACGGAAAAGGGGAAGACAAUUCAUUUCAAUGUAUAAAAGGGGAAGAAAGUCUGUUUCAAAAGCGAGUAAACCCAAGAGCCUGACUAAAAAAGCCCUCUCACCUUUGCAUCUAACAGUCGACACUGAGAAUAAGUGGAAAAUAGACCAUUCAACAAUGUCUGGUUCACAGGAGGGUUCCACCAAAAUGGUAUUUAAAAGACGAAGAAAGGUGUAUAAAUCAAUGAGCGAAAGAGAAAAUAGCUUAUUCCUGGCAGGGGUUGAGGAAUUAAUGAAAUCUGAAGGGCAGUUUGGGUCAAACAAAACACCUAGUCAAGUGAGACAAUUCAUGUUCAGAAAUAAAAUUUCACGCUCCCCUAUUCAAAUGCUUGCAUUAAAGGAAAAAUUAGAAACUGAAGAGUAUGAAAAGUCCCAAAUGCCUAAGCGUAGAUACACACGUCCUCCCCAAAAGGAAAUUACUCCCGCUAAAGAGGAACCACAAAAUACAACCCAGUAUAGUGGAUCCGUUCAGGAAAUGCUGACAUAUUGCAACCCAUGUUCAAUAAAAUUAAAAGACUUUGUGAAAUCUUUGAAACUGGACUCCAAUACCUGUGAUGACCAAUCUCUGGAGAUUGAAGAUAUGCAGGACAGUGAUACGUCUUAUGUGCCGUCGGAUGAAGAGGAAAACAAAAUCGGGGAAAAUGUGGAUUUAGUGAUACAGCAAAUGACUAAAGAGUCUGAUACAAAACAAGACAUUAAGUCACUAGUUGAGCAUCCAAACGCAAAUAAAAUCGAUGAGUUAAAAGGAGAGGGCUUUGCAGGUAGUUUUGUAGACUUUCUUAAGAGGGGCCAGGUGGAAACAAAGAAAACACCAAAGAUGCAAAGAAUAGCAAAAGUCGCUCCAAUCCAAGUAAUAAGACCUACUCAGCCACCUGAAAAUUCUGACAAUGCUGUUCAAUCUAAGAAUGGCGUGGACGAAGAUAAGAAUUCAGUUUCCUCAACUGUGGAACAAGAGAUAGAGGUUCCAUCCAGCACUUGCUUAAAAACUGAUGAAAACUUGUCACCAGGCCAAACUACCAGUCAAAAUUUCCCUAGAUGUACUGCAACUUCACCCACAUAUCAAGCCUUCUGCCCGGAAACUACCAUUUCAGAUUCGUCUAAAUCACCCCUUCAUAGUAAUCAAGGUGCAAACAAUAUGACUAAAUAUUUCUGUAAAUCUUGCGAAUUUUCGUCUCCAGUUAAACAGACAAUGGAAGCACAUGUGUAUAUACAUAUAUCCGGGGUAACAUUCCAAUGUGGUAUAUGUCAGUCUAAAUUCCCCUAUUUUGUUGCUGCUCAAAAUCACCAGCACACUUUUCACAAAGGUUCAGAACACUAUAUUAUUAAAGAGCCAGAUGUUAAGGAGGAAGACUAUUACAAUUGUGUAGAAGAACCAUGUACCAAACAACCACUAAUCAUAUCACUUAUUGUGCAGGGAAACCUUGCCCUUAACUCAUCAAGCAUACACAAUCCCACCACUCGCUUCGUGUGUACCCACUGUCAGUAUUCAACAAAUCUGAAAGAUGACAUCAAACAACAUGUCUUGGAUCUUCAUGAGGAAAAAAAACUCUUUGUCUGUACCUUAUGUGAUAAAUCGAUUUACCAUUCGAAUGAAGAAAUCACAAGUCACUGUAGAUCUACACAUCCAAGUAGACUGGAUUCCUAUAGAAAACUCCCCGACUUCUAUGACUGUGAACAGCUAGCCGAGGGUUGUGAGAGAGGAAGGUUAGAUAGUAGAGGGAACAUAUUUGAGCGGAUGACGAAUCUGUUUAAUCCAAGUCCACCACAUGAUACUGAGUCAGAGGGUACCACACACUAUAAGCGCGCGAGAGAAUAUUUGAAUAUUCAGGAAGCUUGGAAGAACAAAACAAGUGCAGAAGCUGACAGUACAACUGCUGAAGAUAACCCGACCGAAGAAGCAACAAUUAAGGAUAAAGGUAACAUUGAUGAUGAUGUUUGCGAAAGUGCAUCUUCUACCCAAAAGCAGUAUGAAGAGAAAAUACCUGACAGUAAAAUACAAAACAAUAUGUUUGAUUCAUCUGAGGGAAAUAUAGUUUGCGCUCGUGAUCAAGAGUCUGAAGUAUCAAAAUCCAAAGAACAAUCUGCAGUUCAAUUUCAUUUACUAGGAAAUGAAAAUACCGCCGUACAGGAUACAGCUAACGACACAGCUAACGACACAAGAGUAAACUCUGCACUUAACGAAGUUUCACAGCUUGAAAUGAAAGAACAAGAAAAUACUAAUUUGAAAGAACAUAUUGUAGACAUUAAUAAUGUAGCUGAGAGCUUACCACAUAUUGUAACAUCGGCAUCACAACUAAAUAAUAUGGAGCAUUUACCUAAUAAGACAACCGGGGAAAAGGAGAGUGAAGGAAGUUCAGUAAUGGCUUUAGAAUCAAACGAAGCUGUUCAAACGGAAGAAGAAACUACAUCUGUUGUCAUCAGUGACGGUGUGUGUAAUUCACCAGAGCUUUCUGUUCCCGUUAAUGCUACAAAUUCACACACAAAUGUACGUAUUAAUAUUAGUAUAGACGACCAUGAUGAUUCUUCAAUUCUAAAAGAUGGGGAUAGCAUUGAAGAUUUGACAGAUUCGGAACAAGUAAUUAUUGAUUUGAAUGAUGAUAUUGAAGAAGAUCUUUCUCGACCAAAUUUUCAGAAUAAUAAAUUUGAAAAACAAAUAGAAGAUCAUAACCAAAAUCAAGUGGUUCACAAAAAAGAAAUAGGGCCAACAGACGAAGAUCAUGUAGAUAUAACCAAGAUUUCAGAUGCCAACCCACCAAAACAGGAAGAAAAAGAGGAACCACAUUCAAUCCCGUCAAGCGAACAACAGUGCGAAGAGUCUGCAGAAAAAGUCCACAUAACAAAUGAAAAUUCUCCAGAAAGAGCAUCUGAAAUACAAUCCAUUGAAGAUCAGAAGUCUGAUAACCAAGAGAUACAAGGAUCUAGUAAGUUUGAUGAUUCGUCUGUUGACCAGUUAAAAAUAAUAAAUGUUGUAAGCUUAAAAGGUCAAGAGCAAAGCCCAGAGAGAGCUUCUUCUGAAACAAAAAUUAUACAUAAGGGCACUGUUGAUGUGGCAGAUAUUGUUCUAAGGAAUGAGAGAUUAACCUGUACAUAUAAAUGUAAAGUGUGUAAUGUACAUGCUCCAUACUUAUCUGUAAUCAUAGAACAUUUAGUCCAGCACCACAAAUCUAUAUGCGUGUUUACCUGUCCAUACUGUAAAAUAUCACAGGGAAGAAGACCGGAUUUUAAAGCUGAACCCGAGGUUAGACAGCAUAUAGCAAAAUUUCAUCCAAGUUAUUUUGCUAAGAAAGAUACAUCUCUUUCCGAUAGUGCUAAAGAGAUUGUACAAGUUAUUGCUAUUCCAUCAAGUUGUGAGCCCCAAAGAGUUAAUAAGAACUUGGGUGUCGAAAGAGAUAUUUACAUGUGUCAGAAAUGUAACUCUCAUUUGCCAACUUUAGAGUUUAUGUACGCUCAUAUAGAAAGUGAACAUAGUGAUGUUUUUCUGCACGUAUGUCCCGAAUGCAAAACAUUUAAAAACAAAUCAGAGAAAGUGGUUUGUCAACAUAUACAAAAUAUUCAUCAUAAAGAUCCCACCAAUGUUGAAUUACCAUUGGCUAUGGAAGAUAAUAUUCUAUCUCGUGUUUAUUCUAUAUCAAAAAAUGGUGCUUUUAAUGAAAAGAUUCAAAAUCCCGGUACUGUUAAAUCAGCUACUGUUAAAUCAGCUACUGUUAGUGCACCCGUACAUGGUACCUCUUCGAGCGAAUAUUCAGACUCUAAGAUAUCUAGAGAUACGGUAUUAAAGACACUGAGUUGUGUUACUUCUAACAUUGUUAAACAUAAACCAACAGCCAGAAAAUCUAUGAAACAAUCACACGAUUUUCCGCGACCUGUACCGAAAAAGAUUGUUAGUUGUGAAAAACAAAAAUCGUCUCCAUUCACUUCUCAAGAAUGUCCCCCUAUCGUGGGUUCCCAGUUGUUCACAACUGGUAACAGUUCGCUAACAUCACCAGAUGCGUUAAACAGCACCCCUUCCCCGAUCUCCCAUUUUACGAAAUCACACAGCAAAAACCUUACUUCUCUGCUUGAAAAGCCGGCAAACUCAGUUCCACUGCAACCGAGGAAGAGCCCAAAGACAGUUGCACAACAAUUAAGGGAAAGACAAGCUAUAGUUGACUCAGCAAGAGAUCAUAUUCCGCCUGAAGUUAAUCACCAAAGAUCUGCAAGCCAGACGAUUGUCUCUAUUGAUCAGAAGACGGUGGCCCAACAAAUACGAGAAAAAAUGUCAUUAGUUCAGCCAUUGACGGAUAACUUGUUGAAUGAACAGGGUAGCCAGAAAUCAGCAGCUCAGUUAAGUGACACGGUGUGGUCCAGUCACAAACGUCCUCGAGUAAGAUCACGAAAAUUUGCUAUGACAGAUAAACUUCAUCGUUUGGAUAGACCAAGUUCUGCCCCAGCAGCUGCAUCAAAACCUGUAUUGAAUGUUCCAACCAUAGAUAAAGUGCGAAAUCUAGCCCGACCGAGACCAGGAGAUAAUCAAAGUUCAUCGGCAGCGGACUUUCCAGGGCCACAGGAUAUGUCUCGCUAUCCCGGCAUUCUUCAGCCCCCACAAUCUCGCUCAGAAGCUAUGAGGACAAGCAGUCCAGUAACAUCUAAUACAAGAUCAACUCCCCAACCAAGCCUUCUGUUUCCAAGAGGAUUGAGUCCACAAUUAACGUCAGCGCCAACUCAACCAACUCAAAUUAAACCUAAGCCCAAAUCAGGAGAAGAUGAUCUCCCACCCGAUGCAUUCAAAAUCUUCAAUCUAAAACCAUCUAAAUCACCAGCACCACACCCCGUACAAACUUCGUCAGCGCCACCCACACCAACAGUGAUCAGCCCCUUUCCACAGAUGAUAAAUAUUCAACCUGGAUUUCAAAUGCCUCCUAUCCAGCUUGCCCAGUUUCAGCAAGGACUCGCUGCACCACUACAAAGCCUAACGUUUGCUCAAGGUUUUCCCGGGAUUGUCCUCGUCCAGCCACAAUCGCAAAAUAUAAACAUGGCUUCCCUAAAUCCGAAUAAUUUAGCAGAAUCUCAAGGCGUUCCAAAUACUACCGCAACGCAAAUGAACUUUCUGUGUCAAUUUUGCGCUGAACCUCGACCAAUGUCGCAAAAUGAACUGUUUUAUCAUAUUAAACAAGUGCACAGUGGUUCAAUGAAUACCGUUAGUCGUUAACGUGAAUUACGUGUGCAGAUUGGAACCAUUUGAAGUUUCCAUGUCACAGUUUUAAUAACUAAACUUUUGCCGGAAAUGUGAGGUUGUAAGAAUAUUUUAGACUUGGCUUGCUAGCCACAUUUGUAAAUAGUUUCAUUGUAUAAUUUAAAUGCACAUACCCCCUUACGGGGUAAGAAGCGGAGUAAUAUGAAAGAACUGUGAACAUCACGUGUCACCAAGUUUAUUAUGGAUUGUGUCGCUACCUUUGUUGUAGUUCUUUGCCGCGUUGAAUGGACCCGAAAGCAAUGUAUUAUUUAGAAUUUAUAGAAUACAAGGAUACUAUAUAUAUAUAUAUACUACUUGAAGAUAGCUGACGAUAGUUUAAUACAGAUUUUUAAUAUCCAACUAGGCGGUGAUAAAUGAAUUUAAAUCGGAGCUCUUUUGUAUAUACAUGUAAAUAGUUCAUUGUAUGACAGAUUAUGCUGAAGUUACCAUAUUAGAAAAUCCGCUAAUGCUUUAAAAUUCGAAUUAAUGUAUAUACAUGUAGAUGAUAAUCACAAGAGCAUUAAUUGCGAACGUGAAAGAGGAUUGCCUUACGAUUAGUAACAUUGGUAUUUUUUCGUUUUUCCGAUUUCUUUGAAAUCUUUGCUUUUCUUAGAUUACUAAUUAUACUGUUCGACAAUUAAUCGUGUUAAGAGUAAAAUGUGGUUACAGUUAUUGUCGCAAUAUUCAAAUAAUGUAAAUUUAAUUGUAUUCCAUUAUUCCAAGUUGGGAUAUUUCAAGGUGUGUUUUUUUCUGAUACAAGCUGCGAGUUAAACAACGACCAUGUUUUAGAUUUAAAGCUUCUAAUCAAGCCAGUAUCUUUCAUUAAGUGUGGGAUGUUAGAAUGGAACUUUCGCCUGCAUGUAAAUGAUUUGUGUCGAUCAUGACGCGGAGCAUCUUCCAAGGCUUUUAAUACAGAGAAGAGCGUCGUAUUAAAGAUUGUGUACUUACACCCCAGAAUCUGUUACGUACAAUAUCGUCUUUUUAUAUACCUUAUUUAUAGAAAAUAUUUAAUUUCAAAGCCUACUAAUGUAAAAUUAAGAUUAAAUAAAUGACUACAGAAUCAAAUCUGAAGAAAAUAGGAAGGAUGAAAAACCUGCAGCACAACUAGGCCUAUGUAUAUAUAUUUUAAAUUUUUAUAUCAGACCGGACUAAAUCCAUCUUGGCAUUACCAUUAUACGAACUAUAUUGGUUGGGGCUCAGAAUGUCAACAAAUUGAGCCUUUGUCGUGAAAUAGCAUAGCGUCAUAUAUAGUCAAUGCAAUCAUCCAGCUACCCAACGAAAUGGAACUGUGUAAGCAAAGACUAAUAAGCCUAAUGUUAGCCCUACUUCCAGUUUAAUAACCUCUUGAUAUUUUCCAUCCAUUUAUCGGAAAAACACCCUGGGAAUGUUUUAAAUAUAAAGGGGAUCGAUGAAAAUGCAUUUAAAAUUAAUCUUAUCGUUUUCAACUCUUCGAAUAAUUAACCGCGAAUUGCCUCCAUUGAGUAAACUAUUAUAUGGUAUUAUGGUAUAACUAUUAUACGACAAUACGUACUAGUAAAGCCUAUACGGGUUUUUCAUUUGUUAGCUAUAUUUAUAUGGGAUUAGUAAAUUUUUCUUCUACUGGACGUGGGCCUUCAAGGAAUGCCGGGGGGUUGUAUGGCUGAAUGGUUAGCGUGCGCGCGCUGUAUCAUAAAGUCUGUCAUUGAGUCGACUGGCGUGGUUUCCAAUCCCCGGUUGUACGUGGCAAGGAGUAGGGUCGCCUGUCCAACCUCGUGGGUUUUCUCCGGGGCCUCCGGUUUCCUCCCACUGCUAAAGAUCCCUACGCGCAAGCGAAUUAUGUAAAUAAAAUUAAACCAUAUGUUUGUCCCGAAAUGACCUAGUUUGUGUCGAGUGGACGUUAAACCCCAUUUCUCUCCCUCUCUCUCUCUCAAGGAAAUGCCAAGAUGGGCUAAAUAGUCAGAUCCUUUUAUAUCCCAUUUUCACGAUAUCAUGUUUUACCACUUGUAUAGUUAUAGAGAUACAUAUUUUUGAUACGUGUGUGUUGAUAAUUAUGAAUAGCUGAUUUGUUAUGAUAUAUAAUUUUUUUUUUUGCUAUAUAUUAUUGCUUCCUGUAAAUAUACACCCGGUAACUGCCUUAAUCGAAUGUGAUGAGAACAGACGCUGUUUCAGAGCUUUUAAGAAUAAUUGGUGAUGGACGCUUUUAUUUAAUUUGAAUUAAAUAUUGAUGCAUGUUCUUCAUAAUUGAAGUAUCUUUGUGAAAUAGAUUAUGUUUUCUGAAUUAUUAAAUAACCAAUUAUAAUUGUCAAUUCGCAGUGAUAGUUAUUUUUUAAAAAGAUAAAUUGUAAUUAAGAUAUUUUCUGAGACUGUUGUGGGGCUAUAUUUAUUUAGCAUGAUUAGUAUUAUUUAUUGUUUAUUUGUUUUAUGUUUUUAUUUCACAAAGUAUUUCUAAUAAUUUCUUGUCUUAAAAUGCUUAAUUUUUUCUUAAUCUGUAUUGAAUAGUCUACAUGAAAUUUAAGAUUUUAAGAGUGACUGUUUAAGUAAUGAACGACAAUAGACUAAGACACGAUGGCGACGAACCACUCGUUUGACUUGAAGUGCUGGCGAGACAUAAUGCUGCUGAAUUGUGGGGUUUUUUUUCGCAUGAUCGUAGACUGGACAUUUGUCGAAACGGGGAAUUCAACAGCAGCCCACGAAGGCCAUACCGUGUCUCUGGUGCCCACCCCUCUCGAUGUUGCUACAUUCAGAUUUGCAAAAUUGAUCUCAAACGAGUUUUACGGUUAUCGAUUUAUAAAAGUGGCGCGGUAUCGAUACGUCUCAGUUUAUAUGUUUACAGGUAAUGUUACAAAGCAGAAUGAAUCUAUAGACCUUGAGUUUAAUCCAAAAAAAAAUGACGACUAGAAAAAAACUCGAAACAGAUUAUUUCUAUGUGCAUGUAGUUUCAUUCAUUGUUGAGAGUUCCUUUUAAUCAAGUUUGGCAUUCCCAUAUCAUCAAUUAAGCAAUUUAUUCACGUUUGUUUUCCGAUUUCAAGCUGUGUCUGUAAAAGCUAUUAGAAGAUUGUUGUUUUAAAAGACUAACGCAUAUUCUGUUUUCAAUAGUAGAAGUCGACCUUGUCUGUCCACCAUGAUACAAAUAUGGGUGGAGGACUUUUUAAAGCCUUGUUAAUAGCAUGGGAAUUAAAUUAAGCAGUGCUGAACAAACCUGUAUUAUGUAAAUUCUGUCUUGUCAAUCGUCACUAAACACUUGUUUAAUUUAUCCACCAAUUGAUUCAUAGUUAUAGUCAAACUUAUGAAAUGAUAGUACCAUUUGGUGGAUUCUGGUUAAAUACGUCGGUGGAUUCUGUCUCGUACUAAAUACGAUAUGUAUAUACUUUUUAAAUGCCUAUCAAUUAAUCUGAAUUAAAUUUGAGUAAAGAUAUAUAUAUAUAUAGCACUUGUUAAGCAAUAUAUGUAAUUGAAUAAGUUAGUAAUGAUCAUAACAUCAUUUUUAUUAAUAAAAUUAAACAAAAUCUGACAA